AUGUCCUCCGCCAAAUCGCCAACCGGACGAUUUGGCCUCCUCUUUGGUCUGAAACGGCGUCCCUCGUCGAAUUUCCAGCAGCAACAGACUCAGCAAUCUACCUCUGGAAAUGUGUCGCCGUCGUACCAGCAGCGGUUUUUCGGGACGGGUCAGGACUAUGAUCCAUUUGCGGCGCACACGCCCCCAACGCCGUCGACGGCACUCGCGAGCUCUCCAAUUCAUACAGAGCCACGCCAAAAGGACACAGGUCUCCUGUGGAAUUUUGAAGCCAGUGAUGCAUCGGAACCUGGCCUCAUCAGGCCAGAUGCCGCGUCUCCAGAGCACAUUGAUCCGUCAAAUGUCAUCGGUCCCGCUUCUGCAGGUUCAGAAGUCAUCCGCGCCGGCAACAAGCGUCCGUAUGGCACCUCCGCCACUAGUGUCGAAUCCCUUGCGCUUGCCGCUGCUAUUGCACAUGCAAACGGCAUGGUCCUACAGCCGGAUCCGUCUGCCCCAACCUCCGUUCUUGGUAUCAAAUCGCCCCAUGCAGACGAAUACCCGUCACCCCCACCGUCGACGCAUGAGUCUCCUUACAACUCUGGAAUACCUUCUAGUGUUCACCCAAUUCGAAUCAGAGAACGUGGCUCCGAGGAUGAUGAUACCGUGAGUGCCGAUGGCGUCCUCCUUCAUUUGGACACUCUCGUAGGCUCGGCUGGCACUUCCUCAUUACCAACCACCCCGGCUCUCAUCGAUUCUUUCCCAGCCACACCUCAUGCGCCGCAUCAUUUGCCCAUGCGGGGCCAUCCAGCCCAUUCUCAGUCACCUCCGUUGCCAGCGCAUUUCUUAGAUGUGUUGCCGAUCCGAAAUUCCAGCAGAAGAGAAUAUAAUAAUACAGUUCUAGCACCCGAGGUGUGGUCCUCGUCUUCCAUGCCUCCAGCACAGCGCGAUAGCUCCGUCCUUAAUCAAGCGUGGAAUGUGGCCGAGCGAGACGAAGAGGAUCAGGAUUAUAACUACCCCUUUCCCCUGCACACUUCUGUUCCUGGUCCACCACCAUCAGCCCCACUUCCGCCAGAGCCUUUACCCGCUCGGAUGCAGUCCUCAGCUCUGCAGAAGCGUAUGCAUGAGCUCGAGGUCGACCUCGCUUUUUUGGAGCGUAAAAUGUCGCCGACUUCGCCUUUAUCCACCGCUUCGCUUGCUAUUUCCUUCAACUCAUCGAAAUCAAGCUCCCCGCGGUUAACCAAGAAGACAUCGUCUCAGAGAGGUCUCAAUCGAGAGUCAUCCGGACCUAGUGGCUCUUCAGCAGCAUCCUCUAACCUAGCGCUCUCGCCUUCUUCCGGUACUGUACCACCCUCAACGUCCCCUCCCUCAUCCGAGAGCCCUGCAACCCCCUCCAAGCGUCAACGCUCACUCCAACUAAGCCUUCCGACGAACAAGCUGAGGCACAGCUCGUCGUUUGGCCAGCGCUCAACAUCUGAGAUGUCCCUGCCUAUUCCGACUAAGACAAAGGAGAAGGAGAAGAAGCCGGCCAAGGAGAAAACCGUGAAGGAGAAGGAUACCACAAAACCCAAGGACGAGAAGGACAGGGAGACUACACCGAAGCGGCGAUUCUUCUCGAAAUAUUCGUCUAUUGGCUCUACAAUUGACAGGGAUGCGGUUGCCGCCUUUCCUCGGGCUGGCGAGGGGGACGAUGCCCGGUCAUUAAGAAGCAUGCAGAGUACUGGGACUGGCUUUCCCGACGAGGAAUGGGGCGCUAUCGCCAUUUCUUCAUCACUCAAAACGCAAGAAAGCUGUAUUGGACUAUUACCGCUAUCUCCAACAAGUCAACAGUCCCCUGCAGAUGAAGUGAUGGCGCCUCGCUCUGUUCCCCAAACACCCGCUCGGAAUCCUGUCAAUCCGACAGAGUACACUCAACAGUACAUUCUUCCACCGGCUGAAAUAUUGCGCCUGGAACGUGUGGGCUUUGUCACUCCCGAGCACAAUCCGCGACGUGGACGAGACGGCUCCAUUAGCAGUGCUCAAUCGACAAGCGGCCCGCCACCGAAUGCAUUGGGGGAUUGGAGACGGCGUAGUACCAGCACUUCUCGGCUAGAUACUGAUGCCGUACACCCAAGCGGGCGGCAACAGCGGUCAGGAAGCCUUGCCGGACCACCUUCUGGUCAGAUCCCGAGUCCAAGUUCUCCAUCUAGGGUUCAUGACUAUCAACUAGGAUCACGCAGCUUUGCUGCUCUCCCGACUUCGUCGGAGUUAGGGCGCUCCUCGUCGACUACCUCGUCUGUGACAUCUUCACAGAAGCCGAGGAUGACACGCUCGUUUACGAGCCCAUCCUCUACCAUUGCUCCCUUUGACUCUCUUCCGCCGCCGCCGCGCUCGAGGAUGCGCAGUUUGCGAGGUGCAAACGAGCCGGGAACCAGCCCGAGCAGACCAUCAACGGCGACAUCCGACGGUCACUCUAUGGUUCUUUCCCCUCCACCUCGCACGACUCGGCGUCCUUCGACCGCAAGCAGUGUGAGGUCCGUCACGACCCAAGCACAAAAGCACUACUCUAUCCUACGCAAGCCAAGCUUUUUGGAUAUUGCAGAUGAUGAUGGUAGACCGUCGCUCGAGGAGGCAUCGGCUGCAGCUGCGCCUGGAAUAGUUGACGAUCCAGUCUCCUAUAGAUCUAGAGAUCCUUCUCCUCAAGCGACCAUUCACUCCGGGGCUGGAGCGUGGGGAUCAUCAUCGUCACUGUCCAUCCCAAGCACCUCUCGACAGCCGACACCAGUUCAGCGUACGGAGCGAAUUGAAGACGAUAGCUUCCUCGACAUGGGCAAGAUGUCACUUGAAACGAUUCGAUCGGAGCCAAGUGGCGAGGGUGACAAUUCGCAGCAAGAGUUGCUCAUGCAACGACAACGGCAGGCUCGCCUGGCAUCGCUUGCUCACGCCGCUCUCGCACCGCAAUACCAACCGAACGCAAUCAACCACGUUGGAACGGCAUACUGA